AUGGCAGGCGGUGACGGCCAGCGCUUCGUGGGCACCCUCCACCUGCUGCUGCUGGCAACCGUCCUGUCCCUGAUAGCCGGGAGUGGGAGCCCUGGCACCACUGCCUGGACGCAGGAGAAGAACCGCCAUCAACCAACACAUCUGAAUUCUUCAUCUCUUCGGCAAGUUGCAGAAGGCACCAGUAUUUCUGAAAUGUGGCAAAAUGACUUGAGGCCACUGCUGAUAGAACGCUAUCCAGGAUCACCUGGAAGCUAUUCUGCCCGUCAGCACAUCAUGCAGCGAAUUCAGAGGCUUCAGGCUGAGUGGGUCGUGGAAGUGGACACCUUCUUGAGUCAGACACCCUAUGGGUCCAGGUCCUUCUCAAAUAUCAUCAGCACUCUUAACCCAGAAGCUAAACGACACUUGGUCCUUGCCUGCCACUAUGACUCCAAAUAUUUACCUCAAUGGGGCAACAGAGUGUUUGUGGGAGCCACUGAUUCAGCUGUGCCAUGCGCAAUGAUGUUGGAACUGGCUCGUGCCCUAGACAAGAGACUCCGUUCCUUGAAGGAUGUCUCUGGUUCCAAGCCAGAUCUCUCACUUCGGCUAAUUUUCUUUGAUGGAGAAGAGGCUUUUCUUCACUGGUCCCCUCGAGACUCUCUGUAUGGAUCUCGGCACUUAGCCCAGAAGAUGGCAUCAACCUCACACCCUCCUGGCUCGAGAGGCACCAACCAACUGGAUGGCAUGGAUUUGUUGGUCUUACUAGAUUUAAUUGGAGCUGCAAACCCAACAUUUCCCAAUUUCUUCCCUAGGACUACAAGAUGGUUUAAUAGACUCCAAGCAAUUGAACAAGAACUCUAUGAAUUGGGUUUGCUCAAGGAUCAUUCUUUGGAGAGGAGGUAUUUCCAGAAUUUUGGUUACGGAAAUAUUAUCCAGGAUGAUCAUAUUCCAUUUUUAAGAAAAGGUGUUCCGGUCCUUCAUUUGAUAGCUUCUCCUUUCCCUGAAGUCUGGCAUACCAUGGACGACAAUGAAGAAAAUCUGGACGAGUCAACCAUUGACAAUCUAAACAAAAUUAUUCAAGUCUUUGUGUUGGAAUAUCUUCACUUGUAA